AUGUCUUCCGACGACUGGGUCCAAAAGUUUGAGACCCUUCAGGUCCAUGCUGGUCAAGCACCCGAUCCCACCACCAAAGCUCGCGCUGUCCCAAUCUACCAGUCCACUUCCUUCACCUUCAAUGAUUCGGCACAUGGAGCUAGGCUGUUCGGCCUCAAAGAGUUUGGAAACAUCUACAGCCGGAUCAUGAACCCCACGGUCGAUGUGCUCGAAAAGAGGAUUGCGGCCCUCGAGGGGGGCAUGGCCGCCGUCGCGGCUUCCUCCGGUCAAUCUGCGCAGUUCAUGACCAUCGCCGCACUGGCGCAUGCUGGUGACAAUAUUGUCUCGACGUCCAACCUGUACGGAGGCACUUACAAUCAGUUCAAGGUCAUGUUCCCUCGACUGGGCAUCCACACCAAGUUUCUCACCUCGGAAAAGCCGGAAGACUUCGAGGCGGCCAUUGAUGACAAGACCAAGGCGGUCUAUGUGGAAACAAUUGGCAACCCACGGUACAACGUCCCUGACUUUGAGACCAUCGCUAAAGUCUGUGAAGCCAAGGGCGUCCCAUUGGUUGUUGACAACACGUUUGGAGCUGGAGGCUACUAUGCCCAGCCUAUCAAGCACGGCGCUCACAUUCUCGUCCAUAGUACGACUAAGUGGAUCGGUGGGCAUGGCACAUCCAUCGGUGGCAUUAUCGUUGACUCGGGCAAAUUUGACUGGGCGAAACACGCGAAGCGAUUCCCUCAAUUCAACGAACCUGCACCUGGAUAUCAUGGCCUGAAGUUCCACGACACAUUCGGGCCUUUGGCAUUCAUUAUCCGGGUUCGAGUUGAGAUAUUGCGUGAUCUGGGCUCCUGCAUGUCACCCUUUAAUGCCCAGCAGUUCAUCCUGGGUCUUGAGACACUGAGUUUGCGGUGUGAGCGUAUUGCCGAGAAUGCUCUGAAAUUGGCCAAAUGGCUAGAAGGACAUAAGAACGUUGCGUGGGUGUCGUAUCCCGGAUUGGAGAGCCAUCCCCACCACCAGCUGGCGAAGAGGUACCUCCCUCGCGGGUUCGGCGGCGUUUUGAGCUUUGGGAUCAAAGGUGGCGCUGAUGCAGGCUCGCAAGUCGUGGACGGCUUCAAGCUCGUCUCGAAUCUGGCAAAUGUGGGAGACGCGAAGACCCUCGCAAUUCACCCAUGGACAACGACGCAUGAACAACUGAGUGAACAAGAACGCAUCGACUCGGGCGUGACACCAGACAUGAUUAGGAUCAGCGUUGGUAUCGAGCAUAUUGACGACAUCAUCCACGACUUUGACCAAAGCUUCACCGCGAGUGAAGCAGCCCAGCCUGAUGCUGAGGCAAACAAGGACAAUGCGACAGCCGGCAAGGAGCCGAGUUCUAAAGGGAGUCUCAGUGGGGCCACCUGA